AUGGCAGAUGCACUUGAUAUCAUGCGGCUUGUUCUCGAGAAGGAGCCAGAGUUGACAGGAAACACGGAACUUUUCGUGGACAUAUGGAAGUGGAACCCAGACACAUGGAGCCAGAAGACCUGGGAACUGAUGGAUCUUCUUUGCUCACGAAAGGUCGACCUUGACCUGAACGAACAAUUCUUUUGCCGCAUUGGAGUCGAGCCUUUAGAUCCGUUUUGGAACCUUUCCCCGGACAGGGAGAGGUUUCUCAAAUUACUCUUGCGCCAACCGGAAAUUUCUGUUCGAGUUGAUGAGCAUUGCUUCGAGUACCUUGUCAAAUACGGAGUAAAUUUGAUACUGCCAAUCGUAUCAUCACUGAGGGUACACACGCCUGUCAAUAGAGAAACGGUUCAUCGCGGAUACAUGGAUGGAUACUGGCAAAGCAUCCUGAUGCACCCCUGUCCCUCGAUUUCCUUGGAGGACCUCGCAACCAUUGUGAUCGGACGCUACCCACCGGACGCUGUUGCAAUCUUUCUGCGCUACAACAAAAACAUCCAAAUUGACGAUGCCGUGCUCUGUACUGUCGUGAAGAGGCAGGAUGAUCACAUGGUAGAUGUAUUCCGUGUCCUAGUGGACAGUGGGAGACUGGAAUCCGAUCAAGUUUCGCACGAAGUGCUCUUGGCCGCUCUCGAGCAUACGAGGAGAUACUUUGCCAGGUGGACCGCCCUAUUCCUUGCACGUGAGUGGGUGGGCCCCGAAGAUGAUAUCUUCCGGGUGGCACUGAAGCACCACUUUGAAGAUGGUUGUAUCACGAGAGAUAUGUGUCAAAGUUACAGCUGGCUUGCCGAGCAGGGAAUCACAGUGAAGCUUUCGGACAUCUGCGACGGUGCGCUCCUUGAUCUGAGAAUCAGCCAGCUAGGCGCAGACGUAGAGGCUACUGUGGAUCGUUACCUGGAGUUUUGCGCCAAGAAUAUGACCUGGUACCGGCCUACUCUUCGUCAAUUCGAAGAAACUUGCUCACCAUACGACCCGCUAUCUGACAGUCAUCAGAUCCCGAACAAGGAGACUGCUACUACAUUAGAAUGA